AAAUGCUCACAAGAGUCCUGCGACCCGAGUCUUUUAUUUACCUUCAUCAACAUACAUUUUAACUAUCAACCCUGCCAGAUUAACUCAAAUACAGCACCGUUUGCACGGCUGACAUGAUAUGAAGGUGUUUAAACAGGCCCAUUUGCUGUGAGCAAACAAUGAGGGAGAGCCCAAGGAGACCCAUCAUCCUGAAGAGGAGGAAGCUGCCAUUUCUAAAGAGUGAAUCUGAUCUGGGGUCUGACGAAGCUGAUGGGCCUCGCUGUAAGACCACCUCGACCCCGUCCACGGCCCGCUGCUUCCCUGAUGGCAUCCGGGUUAUGGACCACCCCACCAUGCCGGACACACAGGUGGUGGUGAUUCCCAAAUCAGCCGAUCUGCAGAGCGUCAUCAGUGUCUUGACGGCCAAAGGGAAGGAGUGUGGGCCUCAGGGGCGAAACAAGUUCAUCCUGCUCAGUGGAGACACCAGUUUGGAGGAGAGCAAAACCCUUGGGUGUUUUUCUACAGAACCUGGGUCUGAGCUUGGGAAAGUGAAAAAGGAGUCAGAGUGCUUUCCGCUGGAUGACAGUCUGACGAACAUUCAGUGGCUGGGAAAAAUGAGCUCAGAUGGUCUCGGAUCAGAGUCAAAUGAAAAAUGCCCCAGCAAAGACAACCCAAGUGACAGUCAACAGCAGCUCAAGGGUCCAGAAAAGGAGAAGGACCCUCAAUCUGAGAGACCCCCGUACUCCUACAUGGCUAUGAUCCAGUUUGCGAUCAACAGCAAGAAUAACAGACACAUGACCCUGAAGGAGAUUUACAACUGGAUCGAAGAUCAUUUUCCAUACUUCAGAGAUGUCGCCAAACCUGGUUGGAAGAAUUCCAUACGUCAUAACCUGUCACUGCAUGACAUGUUCAUCCGAGAAACAUCUCCUGAUGGCAAGAUCUCCUAUUGGACCAUUCGACCAGAAGCAAACCGCUGUCUCACGUUGGACCAAGUCUAUAAGCCCUUGGGUGACCCGGUGACCCCCACUUGCCCUCAGAUCACACAAGUUGGUAUCCAUCAACAGCAGAAGAGAGGAGCUCCAGAGCUGAAAAAAGCCAUACCUGCUUUGGGAAGCACAGAGAGGAAGAUGAAGCCUCUUCUGCCUCGGACUGACUCGUACCUGGUUCCCAUUCAGCUUCCUCUGGGUCAGUCACUGUUCCUGCCCUCCUCCAGUCCUGUGUCUUUCUCCACUCCUCAACAAGCUCAGAACUCCUCCACUCCCAGCUCCAGCAAGAGGGUCCGCAUCGCCCCAAAGGUCUCUAAGAGUGACGUGAGCUCGGUGUUGCUGUGCAAACCUGCAUCUCAAGAGAUAAAGGAGGAGCCUGUGUUUCAGCCUGUGACCUCAUCUGAAGCCCCGCCCCCAAAAAGCAGACGACCAGACAACAGCAGCUCCCGUCGCAAACAGCGCCUGGUCCUCCCAGCCACCGAAGAGCCUGUCCUGCUCUACCCUGACAGCACUCUCUUCGACUCGGGCGUAAUCUCCGACAUCUCCACUUCCCAAGACACUCGAGAAGCAGACCCCAAACCCGAACUCGACAGCCCAAACCGAGAAUACUCUUUUAAAACGCCCAUUAAGAGCAGCCACCCUUCCUCAUCCACGCCCAGCAAGCUUCCCACUGUGACCCUGGAGCCCUGGAGGAUCACGCCUGUCGGGAAAGGAGGCAUUCUAGACUUCAGUCCCAUCCGUACGCCAACUGGACCACAAGUCACGCCACAACGAAAUCAACACACCUCUCUCAGUUUCACCAGCACACCCUUUAAAGAGCUCCCGCUUUUCAGCUCCCCUCGAGAGCUGCUCACUUGCUCCCGCUCCUCUCCCAAACGCUCUGCUCCUGCUUGCUCGCGGGAGUUAUUGCAAGUCGGUGCUGCAAAUCGAUCUCUCACCGAAGGUUUCGUUUUGGACACCAUGAACGACAGCCUCAGCAAAAUACUAGUAGAUAUCAGCUUCUCCGGCCUGGAGGACGACGAUCUCGGAAUGGGAAACAUCAGCUGGUCUCAGUUUAUCCCGGAACUGAAGUAACUUAAUUUUCCAAGCUGCUUACACUUUCUUCACUGCCUUUGAUUCUUAUUUACUUGCUAUCGAUCUCUACUAUUUUAUAUAAGUAUUUCUGAUAUCUGUUGAUUUUUCACUGCCUUUUACUGUUUUGGACGUUUAGCAUCGCUUUAUUUUGCGAGGAAAACUGUUAGUGACGAAUGUACUUAGAGCGAAUUAAUUUGCACAAGUUGUAAUAUAUAAAUAUGAGUGUGUGUGUGUGUGAGAGAGAGAGAGAGAGUGUGUGUGUGUGUAUUUGGAAGUGGACAUGCAGAAUUACCAGAUUAUUUACACUACCCAAUUUUACAGUAUUUCUGGUUUAACAUGGCUUAUAACUUAGUUUAGCUGGAUAGACUGAUGGUGAAAGAGAUUUUAAAGAGAAUUUGGGACUGUAAAACAAACCCAUUGCUUCUCCUAUGGUGAUGAUACAUGGGGCAACUUUGAGAGAUGUUGCUUGGCUAUAGAACGAGCAACAAUAUUGUAUUAGUGGCCCAUUGACCUAAAUAGUUGCCCCUUGUCUCACAUAGUGGCCCAUUUAUAACUACAUUUCCCAAAGUUUCCCACCAACGUUGCUUCAAAGGUUGCACCAUGUAACCUCGGCUUUAGAAUUAAGGGUUGCUAGUUAAUUGGUUGACGUCUUGCACUUUUUUUAUACUGUUCAAGAAAUUGGCAUCCAUCUGGAGUGUAUUGAACUGUUUAACAUCCCAUAAUGUGUUUUUUAUGGUUGAAAGUGUUGGAAUAGUGACUCCUCUCUGCUGCUUUUCUGCGUUCAUGUCUUUGCUAUUAAGAAUUUUAGCGUUCUAGAUGUUGGAUAUGACCAAGAUGAGCAACGAAAGACAACUUUUAAUGUUUAUUUGCAUGUGUAGAGUGAUCAGUGAGCAUGCACAGAGUUCACUGUUGCUUAAAAGACUACCAUCAACAUGUUAAUUCAUCAUACACUCUAUAUUACUCCAAUGUAAAAAAGAAAAACAGCAAGGUGUCUUAAAAAUUGACAUAUUUGACAGAUGUGGGAUGAUGUGAUGGCUUGCUCGCAUAUAAGCAUUAGAAAUGAAAUCCUAUAUGCCAAAAUAGUACAUUCAUGCACAGAAAAAAUUUUCAGAAAGACUUUUUCAGUAUAUCAAGAGCUUCUCUGAAUUUUGUUAUCUACUUGUCAUUUCACACAACAAUAAAACAGGCUUUAACCA